UGGGAAAAAACGCAGCCCUAAGAGCCGUUUUAACCGCAACCCUUCCUUAUUUUUCCACUAGUGAUAAUUUAAUUGAAGCAUUCCAAAUCUAUAGCCUUUAAUCCCGAUUGCAAUUUUCAAAAAGAUUGAGAACCCAAUUCUUCUCAAAUUAGACUGCUAUUAAGUAGUUUAUUCAUUUAUGCAAGAAAUCGAGAAGAAAAGCCACCUAAACUUGAAUAACAAUUAUCUUCCUAGAUUCUACAAAACUUUAACUAUAAUCUGGUUUACCAGUUAUUUUAGGUCGGCAAUUUCAAACCGCUACGAGUCUCACUAUAUAAUUAUUAAUUAUUUCUAUAGUAAUUUGGGACUUGGAUCUCAUGGUUACGUAUGCGUACUAUUUCAAUUCUCAUUUUCCCUUGAAAAGAAGAAAACUUUCUUAAAAAAAAAAAAAAAAGAAGAAGAGAAGAUAACGAAACCUCGACACUUACCAUGACUAAAGAAAGGGGAACAAGACAAAGACUUCCUCUUUUUUCCCAGGAAUGGAUAUGUUCACUGUUUAGUUAAAGUAAAUCCAACACAAAAUACACAUCAAAAACUUCCUUACGCAUUGCUGAAUCCUCACUUAAAGUAUCAACACAAGAACCCAACUGCAACAACUAGAUUUCCACUUUCAUUCUCUCAGCUCUUCGUCAUUUCCUAGUCUUCCCCCAUCCAUAAAGAUAUAAAUUCAUCACUCUUUAUUUUGCUGUAAUAUAUAAUUUAAAUUCUCCUUUCUAGUACUAUAUCUAACUUUGUUUUUUUUGGGUUUUUAUUAUAAUACCUUAUAUAUAGAGCUACGCGUAUUUGCUUCACUUUUCCCCUCCCAUUUUUUCCCACUUACCAACUUUCGUCACUCCUUUGUAGUUUGUGUACAUACACAUACACUCUUCCUCAUCUCAAUUUUCAUCAUAUAAAGUUUCAUGUCACUUUGAUUUAGCUUUCUCCAUAAAUCCAAUCAUAAUAUCUUCCAUGGAUUAUUAUCAAACUUUCUCUCUUUUCUUGGUCUUAAACUUGUUAUUCUUCAAGGGUACUUUAGGUGCAACAAUCACAUUAUUAAACAAGUGUGAUUACACAAUUUGGCCCGGGGUAUUACCUAAUGCGGGUAGCCCGGAUUUAGGAUCCACCGGGUUCGAGCUCUCCUCCGGUGGGUCAAAAUCCUUCCAGGCCACUCCAGGUUGGUCGGGCCGGAUAUGGGCCCGAACCCGUUGUGAGCCCGACCCGAUCUCGGGCCUGUGGAUAUGCUCAACAGGGGAUUGCGGGUCGGGUCAAGUUGAAUGCAACGGGUCCGGGGCGACCCCGCCCGCCACCCUAUCAGAGUUCACCCUCGGAGCUGCGCCCGGGGAUCAUGACUACUACGACGUUAGCCUUGUUGACGGGUUCAACGUUCCGAUGAUCAUCGACGCUGAAGGCGGGUCCGGGUCCUGCUUGACCACUGGAUGUGCAUCCGACUUGAAUCAGCAUUGCCCGAAUGAGUUGCGGGUCGGGGCAGGCGACGCGUGUAACAGCGCGUGUGGAGUGUUUGGGACUCCGGAAUAUUGUUGUAGUGGCCCAAAUGCUUCACCAGAUACAUGCACGCCUUCAGCAUACUCGCAAAUAUUUAAGAGUUCGUGUCCACGAGCGUAUAGCUAUGCAUUUGAUGAUGCGACGAGUACGUACACAUGUGUAGGUGCUGAUUAUACGAUUACUUUCUGCCCUUCUUUAACAAGCCAACAAAAAUCGUCACUUGAUUCUGAAUCUUCAUCAACUGGAUCAGAAACCGGGUCCGGAUCUGGAUUUGAUUCAAAUAGUGAGUCGGAAUCAGCAUCUGGCUUCAGAUCUUUGUUUGGAUCUUAUAAAUGUCAUAAAAAAUUCUGCGUAGGAGGUGGUCAGUUUAUGUCGAAUGCAAGCAAUAUAGUAACCAACUCCAAUAAUGUUUUUGCUUGGCAAUUCAUGCUAAUUUUCAUUAUUGCUACAACAGUUACCCAAUUAAGUUCUCUAUAAGUUAUUGUUCCUCACUCACAGAAGAACUCUCAUACAAACUUUGAUGAUACAACUAUCUCAAAGGCCAAAGCUCCUCCAUGCACAUAGAUACGACGUCACAAAAUAUUUUGUACAACCAUUACAAAUUUCUUAGCGGCAUAAACUUGGAUAUCUUGGAGUUAUCUAAUUUUGAAUUAUUUAUCUCUUUUUCUAUUACUUGACGCGCGGGAGGAGGGGGUGAGAUUUUUUUUUUAUUUUUUUCACCUCCAAUUAUUGAAUUCUUUUGACUGAUACUUUGCAAUGAAAAAGCAACGACAGUCGACAAGAUAGUGCACCUACAAAAAUUACUUUUUUGCUAAGGAUGUUCAUAUGAUUUGUGAUCGCAAAAGAUUCUUAUGAAUCUACUGAUAUGUAAAGAGAAGUGUAUGAUCAGGAAAAGUGGAUUCAUUAAACUUUUACUGCUCAAAAAACAUAGAGCACCGAAAUUGCUGAAAUCGCAAGAUUGGUAGCUUUGCUUCCCCAUAAGCGCUCGAAAAAUAUUCGAAGAAUGAUUCUACGAAUUUUGAGCUAGCUAGUGUAAUGUAAUUAUUGUUGGAAGUUCAACAAUUUCUCGAAAAACAUCAAAGUCAGCAGUGGAAAAACAAAGUAAAAGGAUUUUGUCUCAUAUUGGAAAAAUAGCUAUGUUUCACAUUGUUUAUUAUUAAUAGGAAUUCCCUAACACUCAUUGUUUGAUGGAGUGCUAGAAGUAUGGACGUACCACAUACGCGUGCGCCGGUAGGGCCUGGCUCGUGGUGAGCGUGGGCGUGGUCUAUGGUUCGUUUUAGAUCUCUUUUUUUUGACGCAAUUGCAAGUAUCUCGACAUGCCUUUAUUAGCGUAUUCUGUAAGCGUUGCUAGCAAGAUUG